AUGACAUCAAACCAGUACGAGACAAAACUUCUGGAGGUGUUGUCUGGUGAUCAAUUUCAGACGUUGAGAGCAGUGAAAGGUAAACCCCUGUUGUUGAAAAUUGAAGAACGUUUUAACAAGUCCCUGCAAACUCUUUGUGAACAUGGGAGUAUCUCGCAGGCGUUUUAUCAGUCCACGCGUGCCACUGGCUCUCAGUCAGCUAGAUUGUAUGGUCUCGCUAAGUUGCACAAAGACAAUGUGCCAUUAUGCCCCGUUUUAUCUUUACCAGGUAGCUGCUAUCACAAACUGAACAAAAUUUUAUCGCGUUUCUUCGACAAAGUGCCUGGAGCGAAUAUCGAGACUUGUACUCCGGCAAAGAAGGAUCUGCUAGCCAGCUCCACUAUUGAUGAAGAUGAAACCGUUUUUUCCCUUGACGUGAAGAGCUUGUAUACUAACGUUCCAGUUCAGGAAGCCAUCAUUCAUGCUGUGGAAUGUUUGUAUAGUUCUGAAUGCGUUCCUGAGUUCGAGAAAGACGUGUUCAUUCAGCUUAUGAAAUUGGCGGUCACAGAAGUUCAUUUCAUGGCUUGUGGGCAGUGGUUUCUUCAGAAAGACGGCGUUGCCAUGGGCUCUAGUCUUGCAGUUUUUCCGGCGAACUUGUGGCCGAAGAAAUUUGAGGAAAAGAUACGCCUAGAAGUCACUAGACCACCUAGCACUGUGGAGAGCAACAUUUGUAAGGUGUGUCUUGAGUUGGUCACUUGGGAGGGCAGCUCUGUUUUUUGUGACGGCUGCUGUACCUGGUGCCAUGCAUGA